AAAAAGAUCACUUGUGCCUGUGUUAUUGUUAUGCAAAGUGACACGAGGUCACGGUGGGGUGAACUGGGCAGUGGCUCUGUGGUCACAUUGUCAAUCAGGAGAGUAGGGCAGUGUAACAAAAACUAAACUAACAAACCCUAAUUGUAUUCCAUGUGCGUCUUGCUAAUACAAGGAUGUUCAUUAGCCGUUCUUUUUUUUUAGUAGUGUGAUUUCAACUGCGUCUGUCACCUUAGACGUAGAGCCACUUCUUGGAUUCUCAAUUUUGUUUCAUCUCCAUUACCUACUGUGAAUAUCAGACCGGGUAGGCAGACGUGAAAAGGGAAGCGGAAUGUGUGUGUCAAGGCAUAUAGCUUACCUUUCUGACACAGUGUGUCAAUGUUUGUGAGCUAUGCGCAUUGUGUUCUAGAUAUCCGUGGUCACAGGGAGAACAACCCUACAAUCGACACGGCAAGCAUGACAUCUAAUCAACAGCUAAUGUUGUGCUUUUGUUGUCUGAUACUAUCAGUGAGUGCAGACUUCCUUCACCUGGAUCAUCUUGCUGUGCACACUGACCAAGGUGUUAUUGCUGUGCACCCACAGCGCCGCCUCACCAAGCGGGAAGUCAACAAUCAAAAUGUCGCUGGUUUUACUCCGGAAGAAAAAAGCGCCAUAUUACAGCUGCACAAUACACUAAGAGCCAAAGAGAGUAGCAGCAACAUGAUAAGGAUGAGCUGGAAUAGCGACCUAGAAAAAUUAGCUCAAGACUAUUCUGGAAAGUGUGUUUUUGAACACAGUACAAAACAGUAUAGAGGAGACGUUGGUGGAUUUAAUUAUAUAGGGGAGAAUCUUUAUGCUAUUACAGGGUCAUUUAAUGUCACAAGUCCAGUUCAAAUGUGGUGGGACGAGUUCAAGUACUAUAACUUCAACACCAUGUAUUGUGAACCUUCCCAGAUGUGUGGCCAUUACACUCAGGUUGUCUGGGCAGAAAGCUAUGCCCUUGGAUGUGGAGUCAAAUAUUGUCCAGUACUUAAAGGAACUAACUUCCCACGAGGAGGCUAUAACGUUGUGUGUCAUUAUGGACCUGGUGGUAACUAUCAAGGUGAACAACCUUAUAAAAAGGGAAGAGCCUGUAGUGAGUGUCCUGAAGAUUUAAAGUUCUGUGUCAAUCAGUUGUGUGCAUUACGACCUGUAAUUGGCUCCUCUUCUACAAGUUACCACAGUUCCAUCGGUCAACAUGUAUUGCUUGUUUUUGUAAUUAUCUACACUUGUGUGAAACAUUUUGUCACUAGAUGAUUCAAAUUUCAGUAAAAUCUCUACAUUUUCCAUGUCUUUCUAUAAAUAGAUUAUAAACUUAAUUUUACAUAUUUGAAUUUUUAGUGUAAACAAUUUUUAUGAUUUCUUCAUUCCAUGUACAUAGAGGAAAUAUAUUGGUUUGUAUUAAUGUACAUAAAUUUUAAAACAUUUUUAAUGAUAUUAUUUGUACAUUUUACUAUAUUUUAAUCUUUUUUUUUUAAUCAACAUUUUGUUUUAUGUUUCCAAAUGGUAUUCUAUCUAAAAAAAAUGUAUUCAUGAAGAUUUUUUUAAUUUUAUGAUUAUGUCAUUUUUGUAAAUGUAUGACUGUUUGUCCAUUUAAUUAAAUUGUCUAUGGCUAUAAGUAUAGUUGUUUUUUUAAAUGUAGAUUAAGGGGAUCUCAUUAUUUGACUUUGUCUAUACCCUUUUCAUGAGCUAGAUUACUCUUUUUUACAAUAUCACUUUCAUAAUAAAGAGUUUUUCCGUAAUGUCAGAUUCAAAGGAAGAAUUUAUUAAACUGCACCCUCUCAUUUC